GGGGGGGAAGGAAGGAAGAAAGGAAGGAAGGAAGCUCGGAAGCUGCCGGGCGGACUCCGGGAUUUUUGCCACGCUCCCUCCGCGUCCGUCGUCGUUGCAAAGGGCCGAACGCGCAGCUUCGGGGUGGGAGGGGGGUGGGGGGCAGCGCAUCAAGAUGGCGACAACCGCAGUUCCUCCUGCAGCUCCCCCACCUCCGCAGUCCAGCAACGCCUUGCGGGAGACGUGCUAGCGCGGCGGCCGCAAGCUGACCUGUCCGGGCUGCAACAUCACUAAAGAAGCUGCUGCAGGAUGAAAAGAUGGCAGCACGGCUGCUCGCACCACCAGGCCCUGAUAGUUUUAAACCUUUCACUCCGGAGUCUCUGGCUAACAUUGAGAAACGCAUUGCAGAAGAAAAGAAGAAGAAGCGUCCAAAGCAAGACAGCAGCCAUCGCGACGACGAUGAAGACAGCAAACCAAAACCAAACAGUGACCUUGAGGCGGGGAAGAAUUUGCCUUUCAUCUAUGGGGACAUCCCUAAAGGCCUGGUUGCUGUACCACUGGAGGACUUUGACCCUUAUUAUAUGACCCAGAAAACCUUUGUAGUACUGAACAAAGGGAAGACAAUCUUCCGAUUUAGUGCCACACCUGCCUUGUACAUUUUAACUCCUUUCAAUCCUCUUAGAAAAAUAGCUAUUAAGAUUUUGGUACAUUCAUUAUUCAGCAUGCUUAUUAUGUGCACUAUUUUGACCAACUGUGUAUUUAUGACCAUGAGUAACCCUCCUGACUGGACGAAGAAUGUAGAGUACACUUUCACUGGAAUUUAUACUUUUGAAUCACUGAUAAAAAUUCUUGCAAGGGGCUUCUGCUUAGAAGAUUUUACUUUUCUGCGAGAUCCAUGGAACUGGCUGGAUUUCAGUGUGAUCGUUAUGGCAUAUGUGACAGAGUUUGUGGACCUGGGCAAUGUCUCAGCGUUGAGAACAUUCAGAGUUCUCCGAGCUUUGAAAACAAUAUCAGUCAUUCCAGGCCUGAAGACCAUUGUGGGUGCCCUGAUCCAGUCGGUGAAGAAGCUGUCGGAUGUGAUGAUCCUGACGGUGUUUUGUCUCAGUGUUUUUGCUCUGAUUGGGCUGCAGCUAUUUAUGGGCAAUUUGAGGAACAAGUGUGUAAUAUGGCCAAUUAACGUGAACGAGACCUUCCUGGAUAAUGGCUCCCGGGGCUUUGACUGGGAGGAAUACACCAACAAUAUGUCAAAUUUUUACAUAAUUCCUGGUGCCCCUGAUCCUUUGCUCUGUGGUAACAGCUCCGAUGCAGGUCAAUGUCCAGAGGGUUACACGUGCAUGAAAGCGGGACGGAACCCAAACUACGGUUACACGAGCUUUGACACUUUCAGCUGGGCUUUCCUGUCUCUGUUUCGCCUUAUGACUCAGGACUUUUGGGAGAACCUGUAUCAAUUAACCUUAAGAGCGGCAGGAAAAACCUACAUGAUCUUCUUUGUCCUGGUCAUCUUCUUGGGCUCGUUCUACCUGGUCAAUUUGAUUCUGGCUGUGGUUGCCAUGGCAUAUGAAGAGCAGAACCAAGCAACCAUGGAAGAAGCAGAGCAGAAAGAGGCAGAAUUUCAGCAAAUGCUGGAACAGCUGAAAAAGCAGCAGGAAGAAGCUCAGGCUGCUGCCAUGGUCACUUCAGCAGGGACGGUCUCUGAAGAUGCUGUGGAAGAUGAUGGCGGUGGGAGGAUGUCUCGGAGCUCAUCAGAGAUCUCUAAACUGAGUUCUAAGAGUGCCAAGGAGCGCCGUAACCGGAGGAAGAAGCGGAAGGACAAAGAGCUGUCGGAAGGAGAGGAGAAGGGUGACAACGAGAAAGUGUUUAAGUCAGAAUCAGAGGAUGGCAUGAGGAGAAAAGCCUUCAGGCUGCCAGAUAACAGGAUAGGAAGGAAGUUUUCCAUCAUGAACCAGUCUCUCCUCAGCAUCCCGGGCUCCCCUUUCCUCUCCCGACACAACAGCAAGAGCAGCAUCUUCAGCUACAAGGGUCGAUUCCGCGACCCAGGCUCAGAGAAUGAAUUUGCUGAUGAUGAGCACAGCACGGUGGAGGAGAGCGAAGGCCGCAGGGAUUCCCUCUUCAUCCCCAUCCGCGGCCGCGACCGACGGAGCAGCUACAGCGGAUACAGCGGCUACAGCCAGGGCAGCCGUUCCUCAAGGAUCUUCCCCAACCUCCGCCGUAACAUCAAGAGGAACAGCACGGUGGAUUGCAAUGGCGUCGUGUCCCUCAUUGGCGGCCCACCUUCCAGCAUGCCCGGCGGGCGCCUUCUGCCUGAGGGUACGACUGAAAUUGAAAUUAAGAAGAAACCUGGUGGGUCUCUCUUGGUCUCAAUGGAUCAGGUGAAUGCCUCCUAUGGAAGGAAAGAUCGUACCAACAGCGUGAUGACCGGCUUGACCAACACCCUGGUUGAGGAGCUGGAGGAGUCCCAGAGGAAAUGUCCCCCAUGCUGGUACAAAUUUGCCAACACAUUCUUGAUCUGGGAAUGCCACCCCUACUGGAUCAAGCUGAAGGAGAUAGUGAACUUAAUCGUCAUGGAUCCUUUUGUUGACCUGGCCAUCACCAUCUGCAUUGUGCUCAACACUCUGUUCAUGGCAAUGGAGCAUCAUCCUAUGACCCCCGAGUUUGAACACGUGCUCUCCGUAGGAAAUCUGGUUUUCACUGGGAUUUUCACAGCAGAAAUGUUCCUGAAGAUAAUUGCCAUGGAUCCUUAUUAUUAUUUCCAAGAAGGCUGGAAUAUCUUUGAUGGAUUCAUUGUUACCCUUAGUUUAAUGGAGCUGAGUCUGGCCAACGUGGAGGGGCUUUCUGUGCUGCGAUCUUUCCGAUUGCUGAGAGUCUUCAAACUGGCCAAGUCCUGGCCCACUCUGAACAUGCUGAUAAAAAUCAUCGGUAACUCAGUGGGUGCUUUGGGCAACUUGACCUUGGUGUUGGCCAUCAUCGUCUUCAUCUUUGCGGUGGUUGGCAUGCAGCUCUUUGGGAAAAGCUACAAGGAAUGUGUCUGCAAGAUCUCCAGUGACUGUGAACUUCCACGCUGGCACAUGCAUGAUUUUUUCCACUCUUUCUUGAUUGUAUUCCGAGUGCUGUGUGGAGAAUGGAUAGAAACCAUGUGGGAUUGUAUGGAGGUGGCAGGACAGGCCAUGUGCUUGAUUGUCUUCAUGAUGGUCAUGGUCAUCGGAAAUUUAGUGGUGCUGAACCUGUUCCUGGCUUUGCUGCUGAGCUCCUUCAGUGCAGACAACCUGGCAGCAACAGAUGACGAUGGGGAGAUGAACAACCUGCAGAUCUCAGUGAUUCGCAUCAAGAAGGGCAUUGCCUGGAUUAAGAAGAAAGUGCGUGAAUUCAUGCAGGCUCACUUCAAGCAGAGAGAAGCAGAUGAGGUCAAACCCUUGGACGAGCUGUACGACAAGAAGGUGAACUGCAUUGCCAACCACACAGGGGCUGAUAUCCACAGAGACAUUGAUUAUCAGAAGAACGGCAAUGGCACGACCAGUGGGAUUGGGAGCAGCGUGGAGAAAUACAUCAUCGAUGAAGACCACAUGUCCUUCAUCAACAACCCCAACCUGACCGUCCGGGUGCCAAUUGCUGUCGGGGAAUCAGACUUUGAAAAUCUCAAUACAGAAGAUUUCAGCAGUGAUACAGACCCUGAUGGCAGCAAAGAGAAACUGGAUGAUACCAGCUCCUCCGAAGGCAGCACCAUUGAUAUCAAGCCUGAAGUGGAAGAGGUCCCAGUGGAGGCACCAGAAGAGUAUCUGGACCCGGAUGCGUGCUUCACAGAGGGUUGCAUGCAACGCUGUAAGUGUUGUCAGGUCAAUAUUGAGGAGGGGCUGGGGAAGUCUUGGUGGACCUUGAGGAAGACGUGUUUUCUGAUCGUGGAGCAUAACUGGUUUGAGACCUUCAUCAUCUUCAUGAUCCUGCUGAGCAGUGGAGCUCUGGCCUUUGAGGAUAUUUACAUAGAACAGAGGAAAACCAUCCGGACCAUCCUGGAGUACGCAGACAAGGUCUUCACCUACAUUUUCAUCCUGGAGAUGUUGCUGAAAUGGUGUGCCUAUGGAUUCGUCAAGUUCUUCACCAACGCCUGGUGCUGGCUGGAUUUCCUCAUUGUGGCUGUCUCUUUAGUCAGCCUUAUAGCUAAUGCCCUGGGCUACUCGGAACUAGGUGCCAUUAAGUCCCUUAGGACACUAAGAGCUUUGAGACCUCUAAGAGCCUUGUCACGAUUUGAAGGGAUGAGGGUGGUUGUCAAUGCCUUGGUUGGCGCUAUCCCAUCCAUUAUGAAUGUCUUGUUGGUCUGUCUUAUAUUCUGGCUAAUUUUCAGCAUCAUGGGAGUAAAUCUGUUUGCUGGGAAAUACCAUUACUGCUUUAAUGAAACGUCUGAGGAGCGCUUUGAAAUAGACAUUGUCAACAACAAGACGGACUGCGAAGCACUGAUGCCGCCCAACUCCACUGAGAUCCGAUGGAAGAAUGUGAAAAUCAACUUUGACAACGUUGGGGCAGGAUACCUGGCUCUUCUUCAGGUGGCAACAUUCAAGGGCUGGAUGGACAUCAUGUAUGCAGCAGUAGAUUCCAGAAAGCAAGAAGAGCAACCCAAGUAUGAGGACAACCUGUACAUGUAUCUUUAUUUUGUUAUCUUUAUCAUCUUUGGGUCCUUUUUCACCCUGAACCUGUUCAUUGGUGUCAUCAUUGACAACUUCAAUCAACAAAAAAAGAAGUUUGGAGGUCAAGAUAUAUUUAUGACAGAAGAACAGAAGAAAUACUACAAUGCAAUGAAAAAACUGGGAUCCAAGAAACCUCAAAAGCCAAUUCCCCGACCUUUGAACCGCAUUCAGGGAGCUGUCUUUGACUUUGUCACCCAACAAGCAUUUGACAUUGUCAUCAUGAUGCUCAUCUGCCUCAACAUGGUGACCAUGAUGGUGGAGACGGACACGCAGAGCAAGCAGAUGGAGGAUAUCCUCUACUGGAUCAACUUUGUGUUCGUCAUCUUCUUCACCUGCGAGUGCGUGCUGAAGAUGUUUGCCUUGCGGCACUACUACUUCACCAUUGGGUGGAACAUCUUUGACUUUGUGGUUGUGAUUCUGUCCAUUGUGGGAAUGUUCUUAGCUGAGAUGAUUGAGAAGUAUUUUGUGUCCCCUACUUUGUUCCGAGUCAUCCGACUUGCCAGAAUAGGUCGCAUCCUGCGUCUCAUUAAAGGUGCCAAAGGGAUCCGCACUCUUCUUUUUGCCUUAAUGAUGUCUCUUCCUGCUUUGUUCAACAUUGGCCUGCUGCUCUUCUUGGUCAUGUUUAUCUAUGCGAUAUUUGGCAUGUCCAACUUUGCCUACGUUAAGAGGGAAGUUGGGAUUGAUGACAUGUUCAACUUUGAAACAUUUGGCAACAGCAUGAUCUGCCUAUUUCAAAUUACCACAUCUGCUGGCUGGGAUGGCCUCUUGCUGCCCAUCCUUAACCGGCCUCCAGACUGCGACCUGGAUAAGGAGCACCCUGGGAGCGGCUUUAAAGGUGACUGUGGCAACCCUUCGGUUGGGAUUUUCUUCUUUGUCAGCUACAUCAUCAUAUCCUUUCUGGUGGUGGUGAACAUGUACAUUGCUGUCAUCCUGGAGAACUUCAGUGUUGCAACUGAAGAAAGUGCUGAGCCCUUGAGUGAGGAUGACUUUGAGAUGUUCUAUGAAGUCUGGGAGAAGUUUGAUCCAGAUGCAACACAAUUCAUAGAAUACAGCAAACUAUCAGAUUUUGCUGAUGCUUUGGAACAUCCUCUACGCGUCCCAAAGCCCAACACCAUCGAACUCAUUGCCAUGGACCUCCCUAUGGUAAGUGGAGAUAGGAUCCACUGUUUAGACAUCCUGUUUGCCUUCACCAAACGCGUCCUGGGGGACAGCGGAGAGCUGGAUAUACUGAGACAACAGAUGGAGGAAAGGUUUGUGGCUUCCAACCCUUCCAAAGUGUCUUACGAGCCCAUCACCACCACGCUGCGGCGCAAGCAGGAGGAGGUCUCAGCUGUGGUGUUGCAGAGGGCUUACAGGUCACGGUUGGCGAGGCGGGGGUUCAUCAGCCGAAGACCCCUCCCCACCAAAAUGGAGAAUGGAGGAGCAAACAGGGAGAAGAAGGAAGGGACGCCCUCCACCGCAUCGCUGCCGUCCUACGACAGCGUCACCAAACCCGAGAAGGAGAAGCAGCAGCGGGCGGAGGAGGGAAGAAGGGAAAGGGUGAAAAGGCAAAAAGAGGUCAGGGAAUCCAAGUGUUGAGACAGACAGAACGCUGGGAUUGGACAAACCUAGGAGAAAAUAAAUAUAUAUCUAUAUUUGCAAGCGGAGAAGAAAAUAAAAUAAUAAAGAUUGUUUACAAACUUGGUGAAAUAUAUCCAUACAGAACAGCUGUGGAGACACUUAACCUGAAGAUCUUAUACCAAACAUAGUCUGCUUUCCUGUGUGACAGCGUUGCAUCUUAAAGCAGUGACCUUCCGCCUGUUUGAAGGACCCCUGUGAACAAACAUUUAAAUCAAAACAGGGGAGAUUUAAAAAAAAAAAAGGAAAAAAAUAUGGAUUUUCUAUUGUUCGGGCAGGUGGAUACUGCAUGUUCCACAUCAGUCAAUGCAACUUAGGACAAACAAGCAAAAUAAAACACACACAGACACACAAACACACACACAGAAAUAAAACCCGCUGCUGGGAUUCAUAUAUUUUUCCAAAGCAGCCAAAAAAAUGGAUUUUAUUUUCCCAUUUUGUUGGUUAUUGUUGAAAGAAAACCCAGAAGUCACGACGUUAAGGGGUUUUGUUCAUGCAAAAGUAGAUUUGCAUUUAGUUAAGCAGCGAAACAAAGCAAAAAUUACAAAAAAAUGAAAAAAAAAAAAGCAAAAACAAGCGAAAUGACAAAAAAAAAAAACCAACCAGAAACGAACCACCCAUUUAGCCCAUGCCAUUUGAUUAAUUGUCAUAAGUUUAUUUGAUAUUUAUUAUCUGCAUUCUACUUUCUACAUGGGCUUUACUUGGUUUGGGAGAUGGGGUAAUCGGGAACCUUCAGCCUGGAACCAGCUCAGGCUGAGCCCCCCAAAAAUAAAAGUGCUCGUUCAAUGCAUAGAAACGAUUUGCAUGAUGGCAUGCCGUGACCAGGAACCAUGCAUGAGGAACCAUUAAACCACAAGACACUCAAUAAUCUGUCCACAGCAGUGUGUUAAGCCAUAAAUUCGAGGCACUCCACUGACUUACCGUACACUGUAUUGGGAGAUUAACAAUAAUUGUGCCCUUCACCGGUACUGACCCGUUCUCAGCAAUCUUUCAUAGACCUGCCAGUAAGAAACAAACCAAACAGACAAACAAAAAAAGAAAUGAAAUAAGCAGAUGAAAUCCGUGUGUGUAUGUUUGACGACGUGUCUUUCUUUUCCAUCCAGCCAUCUUUUUUGCACACCGUUAAUAGAACUCGACUCGAUGCUGCUCUGGACCCAGUCUAAGGGGGGAGAUGUUAGGAACUGGGAAUGGCUUGUUCUACUCUUGUCACUGUAAAACCAAAAUCUAGGGCUCGAAUACCGGUCAGCACGUUGAUUUGUAUCCUGCAAUAGCUGUCGUUAGCGUUAAUUACGACUCUGCCUCCAUCCUGCAGCGUAGACACACUUGUUUUGUUUUAUAAUGUAGGGAUAAGUGCUGAGGGCCGUAGAGAUAGGGGGAGCUGGCAGCACACAGCCCCCCAGUAGGGCUGGGGAAGGGGAUGUCGCUCAGCUGUGCCAUGGCUGUUAGGUGGAGGGGAUGGCUGGGAGCUCCCAGCCCCUUCUGCUCCUCCAUCAGCACUGUGUGUUGGCGCAGCACUGUUUGGUUUUCUUGCUUCCGUAGUCAUAGUGGGUUUUUCUUGUGAUUAUUCUGUUGUCGGUUGGUUGUUCUGGAUUUGUCUUUAUUGUUUUGGUUUGGUUUGUUUUUUUUUUUUCCCCUUUUGUUUCAAACAAAAGGCAGCACAUGCCCGUGGUCAGUGGGAAAGCACCAGCCCGGGGGUGCAGGGGGAGAGCCGGGCGCCAGGUGCCUUCACCUCCUUCCCAUUUCUUCCACUUCCAUCGAGUGGUGAACUCGAACGGCCCUGCAGGGUGGGUAGGAAUCAGAGCUACCUCUUGCCUAGUCUUCUCGCUGCAGCAGCAACCAAUGCCACAGAGGAGAAGUUCCAACGUUUCUUUUUCUUUUCCUUUUCCCUAAUGACCGCAGCGUCCUCGGCACCCAACCACCGCUCAGUGGAGGUUCAUUCUUCAGGGCCAGGAUGGGUUUUCUUCCAGGGUAGGAAGGGCAGUGAUAGCUGAGGGCCAAACCAAGGGGACCCCAAAGAGUGGGAGAACCAGGACCUGGCGGUAGCAGGAGGACAGAGGUUGGGCAUCAUCUCAUGGCCCACGCAGGGUGCCCAGCGCCGUGCCCACCACGAUGGCCAUGGAGCCAUUCUGCCGCCCCAGGAACAUGGCGAGGAACCUUUUCUACCCCGUCAGCUCUUUGCCCCAGUUGCUCCUAGGAUAUGAUGUAUAAUAAAACAGAGAAAACAUACAUAUGUACAGGCUACGUUGUAAACAGCACAAGAGAAAAUAAAUAAAUAAAUAAAUAAAAAAUAGCUGAAAAGUGUGGUUGAACUUUUUAAGAGAAUAUUAUAAAUACUGUAAUAUACCAUUUUAUUUUAUCAGCAUGCCUUUUUGUAAAUACAAAGAUCUACGAAAAUAAUAGAAUGGCUUCUGGCUUAUGCCAUUGUCCAUGUUUAUUUUUAUUUUUUUAAUAUCUUUCUGUUUUCCUUAGACUUUAGAUAGCCAGGAAAUGUCCUCCAAAGAAAGGAAAAACAAAAAACCCCUACCCCCACCCUUCCCAAAAAAUAGAUUUAAAUGACAAAAAAAAAAAAGCUUUAUUGCAAAUGGUCUUUGCAACAGCAAAAGUAUGUAUUUUUGGGUUCCAAUGUGCAAUAAGUUGACCACUUCUAUGCAAGAUUUGGCUAAACUUCAUAAUUGUUCUUAAGCUGGGCUAUUGACUCGCAGGUGAAGCUUGGUGCAUUAUUAGCGUUCAUGCUGGCAAUCCCAUUCAGCUACUCAAUUCCUUCGAAGGGAAACCCCUCCAAACUCUGUAUAUAUAUUUAUUUUUUUAAAGCAUUAGAUCCGUAAUAAACGUGAGAGGUCGAUGGUGGCGUUUGUUGGUGGCAAGGGAACAGGAACGAAGGGUUUCUUCCACUGUUCUUUGGCUGAAAGGAUGGUCUGGGGUAUUUUGGUACGUUCUCAACCCCUUCGUUUCCUGCUUGGGGCAGACGGUGCCAUCAGCCACUGCAGCCAAUGGAUCUGCGUUUCUGGACGUCUUCACUGGGUGAAGCCAAGGGCAGAGGGGAAACUUUGGUCCAAAAGCAUGAAGGACGUUGGUGUCUGAAGUCAAAGGUGUACACGGGAUUUAUAUUCCAGAUUCAGAGUUAUGGGAACAAAGCUGAGGGUGUUGUUGUCGAUGGAAAGGACGUAGCCAAAAAGCCAAGACUACAGCAAGUAGCUCUUUUCCCUCCCCCCGUGUCCAAGUCCUCCCUUUUCGGUUCAUUUGUUACUGUGUAAAAGAGCAGAGGGGAAGGGCAAAAAAGGAAAUACCAAUCCAAGCUGCUUAUUCACUUUUCCUGUUCACCUUUUUUUAACAGUAUAGAAGCCAAUGUUGAACAACAACAAGAAAAAGAGAAAUUAAAAUAAAACCAUGAUGUUAGAGGCCACACCCGAGUUUGGAUUAUUUAAUUUUCCGCCGCAAAAAAAAAAAAAAAGAAAAAAAAAA